CACGAAUUAAAGUUUUGACAUUUUAAUUGACGUUGCAAAGGGACGGAAGGAAAAUAAUGCUUCUUCGGCACAUUAUCCCGACUAACAACGAUGUGGAGGAAAUUUACAUCGUCAAGCAGGAGGACGAGCAGGCCGACCCGAGCAGUAAUCCUCUGGGUGCAGCGGCUGGGCCCAGCAACAAACCCCGAUCACUGCCUCCGGCGCUUCUGUACGAAAACGAGGACAUCGAGAUUAAGGACGAACCGCUGAGUGUACACGGAAGCGACGAAGAGGAUUACGAAGAUGAAAAGUACGAUCCACCGGUUCCGUUACUGCAUGCUCUGCCCGUUGAGGUGAAACUGGUAGAGGAUCUUCCGAAAAAACUGGAAGCCGCUAUAAAGAAUGAACCAUUCGAGACAACAUUGGAGCUGCCUGCGACGCUGCAAUCGAAACCACUUGCUGUAAAUCAACAGAACGAGUCAAAAGUAAAACCGGACGAGAAAGUGAAAACGGAGGCAGACUCCAGCUCGGAUGGAGAUUGGGGCCAGGAUGAUUGCGAACCGCUGGUUACGCAGGUGGACACACCAAAACGCGGUCCUAAGCGGAAGAUCGAUAUGAAACCGCUUAAGAAAGGUUCCGAAUCGGACGACAGUGGAGACUUUCUCGAUGACGACGAUGACUACAAACCUCCGACGGACAAAGUCAAGAAGGAAAAGAAAGAACGGAAGAAGCGUCGUAAGAAGGUAAAGUCAGAGGCCGAUGGCAGUGACGAAUCUGACGGAGAAAAUGAGAUCAAAUGCUAUAUUUGCGUAGAAGACCAGAAGGAAGGUUUGGCCCUGCUCAAGCAUUUGAGAGACAAACACAAGAAAAUGUUGCCAUUUGAUUGCAAUGUUUGCACUUCGCGGCGGAUCACCAAACUCAAGGACUUGAACUUUCACUUCCGGCAGCACGACGAAAGUCGGAAGCAUAAAUGUGUAUACUGUGCGGCUCGUUUUAUAUCAGCACAGGCCCAGAGCAGUCACAUGCGACGGAUGCAUAGCGAAAAGUACGAUGAAGACAUGGAGAAGCAUCGCCGUUUUAUGUGCCGCUUCUGCGAUAAGAAAUUCACGAAAAAGCAUGACCACGAAACGCAUGAAAAACGACAUCUUAAGGAGAGCUGCAACGAUGCUAGCUUCCUGAAGCGGGAGUUAAAAUGCUACAUCUGUAAUGACUUUGUUGGGAACACCAGGGACGAACUAAAUACCCACGUAACAAUUCACAAUCAAGAAUGGCUCCCGUAUUACUGCAAAUUGUGUGAAAAUCUAAAAAUUACUACAACCCGUGUACUGUGCGAACAUUUGCGUCAACAUGAGGAAGGUCUAGCGGUCAAAUGUGUCUAUUGUGAUAAGCGUUUUGCCACUUUGGCGGCUUGUCAGGCUCACGAACGCACCCACGCAGCGGAAAAGGAAGCUGAUGAACUGCUGGAUGCGGAAAAGAUGACCGAAGCUUAUGAUGCCAAGGUGGUCGUUGUGGAUGGACAGAAGCGAUUCCAGUGUGAUAAGUGCGAUAGAUCCUACACACUGUUCAGCAGCCUUCGGAAGCAUCAAAAUCUGCACACCAAGAGCAAUGCUUUCAUUUGCAAAACGUGUGGCCGAGCUUUCAUCAAGGCAUCCACGCUGGCUCUUCACGAGCGUCGCAAUCACGAUGAAAAUGCUAGAUUCAAUUGUGAAGGAUGUGGAAAGACGUUCCGCACGAUCGGACACCUAUUGGAUCAUAGAACACGUACGCAACACUUUGCCGGGAAGCCGUACAUUUGCGAGGGUUGUACUGAAACGUUCCGCUUGCCGGAAGAAUUGAAAGAGCAUCAGGAAACGUGUCCGGAGACGGAAGCUAACCGUCCGUGUUUCUGCGGACUUUGUUCCAAUAAUUUUCCAACGUUGGCAGUGGCGUUGGAACAUGUAAAGACCGAACACGAACCGGAGAUUCCGGAAACCAAAUGCAGAUACUGCGAUUUAACAUUCCGCGAUGCCGAACGAAUCGUGGAGCAUGAGUUCAAGCAUACGCUCCCGGGAAUUAUGACUUGUACGAUGUGCAAUCGUAUCUUUAAGCAUCUGAAAAAUCUUCAAUGCCACAUGAAGAAUCACGGAAAGGUGGCCAUUCCCUUCAUGUGCGAUAUCUGCGGAAAGACGUUUACUCAAAAGGGGACGCUGACUAUUCAUACUCGUUUGCAUACUGGCGAACGUCCGUACACAUGCCAACUUUGCCAGAAAGGAUUCGUGGACAAAAACGAAAUGCGGCGGCACUACAACAUGCACUUCAAUCAACAGAGCAAGCUGUUUAUUCCGAACGCGGAACAGAUUGCUGCGCCCGUGGACGUCGGAGCGCAGGGUAAAAAGUACAAACAGUAUACUUGUAAAAUUUGUGGUCGCCAGUUGACUACUUCCACGGCGUUAGCGAAGCACAUUACUACUCAUACGGGUGAAAAGAAGUACCAGUGUGAAUUUUGCGACAAGCGGUUCGCUCAGGGAGGUCAACUGACCGUUCACCGGCGGAUCCACACCGGUGAGCGUCCUUUCGCUUGCGAAACUUGCGGGCAGCGUUUCGUCGGAGGGAGCAACUACAAGCGCCACGUGAAGCACCGGAUGUGUAAGCCAAUGGCGGUGGCAGAUGCGGCAUUACACCAGGAAUCACAGACAGCAUCGGUACCUCUGCCAACGGCGGUUCCACAAUCGGUGAUCAUGGAAACGAUGACCGUGAGCGAUGAGCGGAUUUAUCCCACUCUGUAGGUUGGACAGUGUGAGGGUAGGGUGUUAUGAAUUUUCCAAUAUUUGAUACCCAUGGCACAAUUUUAGUAACACGCGUGAAUUACUUGAACGUUUAUAAUAUAAUUGAAACUAUACGGCUAGGUAUCUACUUAGAGAGUAGAUAUUUCUGCAACUUAACUCAUAAUAGGAAUGGUCCCCUGCUUAUGAUAUGCGAUAAAAGUUUAGAGUUAUUAGACGUGUUUAUUUUUUAAUCAGGUUGUAAUGAUCGUGCGCUACAAUUGUGAAGA